AUGUCAUCCCAGGCCAAUCUCUCGGCGGGCGAUCGCUUCACGCUCAUCACGCGCGAUCUUGAUGAAGUGCUCGGCGCCGACAUCAUCAAGGCCAUCCUCGAAAAAAAUGAACGACCUCCCUCAGCCUACUGGGGUACCGCACCCACGGGAAGACCUCACGUCGGCUACUUGGUCCCCUUGACCAAGAUCGCCGACUUCCUGCGCGCCGGUGUUGAAGUCAAAGUGCUCCUCGCCGACAUCCAUGCGUUCUUGGACAACCUCAAAGCGCCGAUCGAGCUCGUGCGUCACCGUGUCAACUACUACCGACACGUGCUCACUGCCGUCUUCAAGGCCAUCGGCGUCCCCACCGACCGUCUGGUCUUCGUUGUGGGAAGCAGCUACCAGCUCACUGAAGCUUACAACAUGGACAACUACCGCCUGUGUGCUUCGGUCACCGAGCACGAUGCCAAGAAAGCGGGUGCGGAGGUCGUCAAGCAGGUCUCGUCGCCUUUGCUCUCGGGCUUGCUCUACCCGGGUCUGCAAGCGUUGGACGAACAGUACCUCGGCGUCGAUAUGCAGUUUGGCGGCGUCGACCAGCGCAAGAUCUUCACCUUUGCUGAGCAGUACUUGCCCAAGUUGGGUUACAAGAAGCGUGCGCACCUGAUGAACGCCAUGGUGCCCGGUUUGAAGGGCAGCAAGAUGAGCAGCUCCGACAACUCGUCCAAGAUCGAUUUCCUCGACACGCCCAAGGAGGUGUCCAAGAAGAUCGCCGAUGCUGUCUGCGCUCCGGGCGAGGUCGAGGGCAACGGUGUGCUCGGCUUUGUCCGCGCCGUGCUGUUCCCCAUUGCGCGCUUGAGGGUGGAAUCUGAGGCAAUGGGUACACCCGUCUCCGAGGCUCAAGGUGCGUCCAAGAGCUUCGUCGCCUCCGAGGCACCCAAGGGUAGCAUGUUUAGCAUCGUCCGUCAAGAACAGCACGGUGGGUCUCUGCACUACUCCGACUACGCCUCGUUGGAGAAGGACUACGUCAGUGGCGCCAUUCACCCUGCCGACUUGAAGAAGGCCGUAGCAAGCGCGAUCACCACCCUGCUCGAACCCGUGCAGAGGCUGUUCGAGAGCGAUGCCGAGUUCAAGAAGGCCAAGGAAGAUGCCUACCCGGAAGAUACGCCCGUGGUCAAGAAGAAGAAGGAGAAGAAAAUGAACCCGCAAUUUGCGCAUCUGUUCACCAAGGAGGAGGGAGGAACGGCGGAGAGCGAGGAAGAGGCGCUGGCGAAUCAGAAGGCUGAGAAGGAGAAAAAGGCCGAGGCCAGGGCUGCUAAACAGAAAGCUGAGGAGGAGAAAAAGGCAGCGGCCAAGGCAGCAGAAAAGCAGCAAUUGCCAGCGGACAAGGAGGAGGCGACAGCAAAACCCACGGAUCAGGAGAAUGAGACGUUUGUCGAGGCGACCAGAGCUGGGAUUGAGAACGUACACCUCGAGAAGCAGUAG